AUGAACAUACAGAGGUCAAAUCCCAUUACCAUUUCACGUUAUGGGAGAUCACGACACAAAGCGCACGACUUUGAGGAUUUAUCUUUCUUGAGGACUACAGAAUCGAAUCAGAGUUUUAGCCCCAAUUUAGGAUCGCCUAGCCCUCCAGAGACUCCGGACUCAUCUCACUGCAUUUCUUGCAUUGGAAAUUACCUUUUGUUGGAGCCGCUUGAGGGAGACCACGUUUUCCGGGCCGCCCACUUGCACAGUGGGGAAGAGCUCGUUUGCAAGGUGUUUGAUGUCAGUCGAUAUCAGGAGUCACUGGCAGCCUACUUUGCCUUGGGAGCACAUGAAAACAUUAACCAGAUAGUGGAGAUUCUCCUGGGAGACACGCAGGCGUACGUGUUCUUCGAGAGGAGCCAUGGCGACAUGCACUCGUUUGUCCGCACCUGCAAGAAACUGCGGGAGGACGAGGCGGCCAGACUCUUCCAUCAGAUAGUGUCUGCUGUCGCUCAUUGCCAUGAUCAUGGCUUGGUUCUUAGAGACCUCAAGCUACGAAAGUUUGUCUUCAAGAAGGAGGACAAGAGCCUUGUGAAGCUGGAGAGUUUGGAGGACACAUAUCUCCUGGAAGGAGGUGACGAUUCCCUCUCAGAUAAACACGGCUGCCCGGCCUAUGUAAGUCCAGAAAUUCUUAACGCUAGCGGCAGCUACUCCGGCAAGGCAGCAGAUGUGUGGAGCCUGGGAGUGAUGCUCUACACCAUCCUGGUGGGUCGUUAUCCCUUCCACGAUGUGGAACCUGGGUCUCUCUUCAGCAAAAUCCGCCGUGGCCAAUUCAGUAUCCCGGAGACGCUGACGCCCAAGGCCCGCUGCCUGAUCCGUAGCAUCCUACGCCGGGAUCCGGCCGAACGUCUCACCUCCAGAGAGAUCCUGGAGCAUCCCUGGUUCUCCUCUUCUAUCGGCCAGACGGUCAGCUCGGCUCACGGGAGAUCGGACCGCGAAUCGGACCAGACGGUACCAGAGGCCAACAUGGAGGAAGAACUGGAGCAGUUCUUCAGUUGA